UACAAUAAAAAAUAUUGCCUAUGGCCUCAGAAAUAAGGAAAUAUUCCCCCUAAAAAGGUAAAAAUAAAAAAUCGCAAUUACCAAAACCAUAUUAUAACACCAAAUCACAGAAAUCAAGAACACAAGAGAAUCCCAAACCAAAUGGCAAUCUACCUUGGGUGCGUUACUGUGACCUAAUAAGAAAAACAACUACCCAAAAGGAGCAAUUUCAGGAGACUUUAAUUUUUCACCCCAUUAUUUAUUUCCAAUUUUCCAAUUAAAUAAAUAAAUUCACCAAACUCCUACAUCACUCCUCCUCCUUCUCCCCUGCUUUCUUUCUCUCUCUUCUAGUUUCUCUCUCAAAAUCAACAACAAUGGUGAAGAGGAAGGGAAGAAACAACAGCAGCAACCAUCAGAAGAAGAAGAAGGAAAAAGUUGAAGUACAAGAAAUAGAUGCAGAAGUUGAGUCUGAAGAUUACUGCUUUGUUUGCAAAGAUGGUGGUCUUUUGAUGGUUUGUGAUUACAAGGGUUGUGUGAAAUCUUAUCACCCUGAAUGUGUGGGUAAGGAAGAAUCAACUGAAGAUGCUGAUGAUCAAUGGAUUUGUGACUGGCAUCAUUGUCUUGUUUGCAAAAGAAGUUCGAAGUAUCAGUGUUUCUGCUGUAAGAAUGCUGUUUGCGGAAGCUGCUUCAAGCGCGCUCAAUUUGCAAAAACUGUACGCAAUAAAGGUUUCUGCAAUGACUGCCUUAAACUUGCAUUACUCGGAGAGGAAGGCGUGGAUAUUGACUCAGAUGGGGAAAGGGUGGACUUCAAAGACCGGGAAACAUAUGAAGGCCUUUUUAAGGAAUACUGGGAUAUUAUUAAGGAAAAAGAAGGAUUGACCUUAGAAGAUCUGCACGAUGCAGAUGUUCAAAUAAAAAAGGACAAUGACAAUUCUGACGAGGGCGAGUUACAUAAAAAAAGGCCACAUUCGUCUCGGAAGCCGGUGCACCACUCUGACUCGGAUGAAUCUGUCAAAGAGGAAGAAACCAUUGAAUUGCCAUCUGAUGAUGAGCAUGAAAGUGAUGGUGCUGUAAUACCAGAAAUAGUUACUAGUAGUAAUAAAAAGAAGCCCAAACCGUUGCCAAAAAGGCGCAAAGGUCCUAAAAAAAUUGAGUUUGUGGGUUGGGCUUCGAAAGCUCUUAUAGGGUUCCUUGGAUCUAUUGGAGUAGAUACGAGCACGAAGCUAACACAGAAUGAUGUGGCUUCACUUAUCAGUAAGUAUGUACAUGAUAAUAAACUGUUUGAUCCAGAUAAAAAGAAGAAGGUUCUAUGUGAUGUACGUCUGCGACCUUUAAUAGGAAGAAAAUCAAUUAGCAUGUAUAAAAUAAACGAUGCUUUAGAAGGUCAUUUUUCUGAAAACUUAGAGCAGUCAGAAGGUGAAGGAUAUAGUUCAGGAUGUGAGGAGGACAAUAAUACUCUCUUGCCUGCUACAAAGAAGCAGGCUUGGUGGAGAAAUGUUGGAUCCUUUCAGCAUAAAGGAUCACUUAUGGAAAAGUUUCAAUCGAAAGAAGCCGUAUUAGAGGAGCCUAAAAAACCAAUUGUUGUUGCUAAAGUUGUUUAUAGUCAGUUUGCAACAAUAGCUCUGCAGAAUAUGAAGCUCGUUUAUUUGAAGAAGUGUAUAGUGGAAAAAUUGUUGGAGCAGUGUGAGACUUUUGAAAGCAAAGUGGUGGGAAGCUUUGUGAAAGUCAGGCCGGAUGCAAAGAAGCCAUAUCAUCUCCUUCCAGUAAAAGGAAUCCAGAACUCUGGUGAUGAGGUUCUUCUUCAAGUAUCUAAUCUACCAAAUGAUGUCCCCAUUCGCUUGCUAUCAAAUGAUGAUUUAUCUGAGGAUGACUGUACCGAGCUGCGCCAGAAAAUGGACAAUGGCCUUCUUCCAAAACCUACUGUUGUGGAGCUUGAGAAGAAAGUAAAUGAUCUCCAUGAAGAUAUGACAAAAUUUUGGAUCACCAGAGAACUGUCUGUUCUACGGAGUCGCAUUGAUCUAGCAAAUGAGAAGGGACGGAGAGCUGAUUUAUAUGAAUAUCGUCAAAGGAGAGACAAACUUCAGUCUGAGGAAGAGCAGUCACGUUUGCUAAAUGAGGUCCCUAAAGUAAUUGCAGAUGUAAUAGAGGUCAAGCCUGAUUCUGAGGAGACUCCGCAAGAUGAUAGUUCUGGAAAUAUUACUGUAAAUCCUGGUGAAAACUCUGAAGGCAAUGGGAAUAUUCCGGCGUAAUUGGUAAUUCAUGAACCCAGAUGCUAGAAAUAAAUUCUGAAAUCGGCCUGCUAUAGUACGCUACAAGCCUGCAGAGGAUUCCAACGAGUCUUCCAAGUUUUUGUUUUUUCGGUUGGGGAAGUUUUCUGUAAAUACAGAAAAUUUACAGCAAAAGCUGUAUUAUAUUUAGUUGGCUUGUCGACGAACAAGUGAACUAAAAACUUGAUUGUAGAAUAUACAAUGAAUAAUCUAGUGUUGUGCCAAACGUUUGUAAACUUUGAACUAAGAUAUAAUAUAACCAUGAUAUGAACUCCUCCAUAAUAGUUGUGGUCUA